AUGAAGUUUCUCUCGCUACUCGUCGCGGUCCUCCCGCUGGCCUCUGCUGCCGCCGUGUCUCCCCCCAAACGGGCCAUCACGCCCGCCAACGAUCCCUUCUACGUGCCGCCUGUGGGCUUUGAGUCCUCGAAGCCGGGCACUGUGCUCCGCGACCGCAGGAUUAUCGCCUCUUUCUUCGGGCUCAUCCCACAGCCUAUCGACGCACGGCAGCUCUUGUACCGCACCACCGCUAUCGAUGGUUCCGCUAUUGCCACUGUCACAACUAUAUUUCGGCCGGCUUUUGCGAAGAACGACCGGUUCAUCUCGUACAACACAGCGUACGACUCCGCCGCGACCAUCUGCAACCCUAGCUACGGCUACCGCUUAGGGUCCCUCCAGACAGACCUCAUCUCGUCGGCCGAGUACCUCCUCAUCCAGGGCUACCUGCUGUCUGGCUACACUGUUAUCUCGGCUGACUAUGAGGGGCCUGAGGCUGCCUUUGCGGCUGGCCGUAUGUCUGGUAUGGGCGUGCUUGAUAGUAUGCGCGCGGUGAUCAACUAUGGCUCGAAUAUUGGACAUAUUAACAAGAACCCCAUGAUUGUUAAUGCCGGUUAUUCGGGCGGCGCUAUUGCUGGCGGUUGGGCGGCGUCUCUGCAUCCUACCUAUGCUCCUGAGCUCAAUGUCAAGGGAUGGAUCCUCGGCGGCACUCCUGCUAACUUGUCUGCGGUCAUUGAUUAUGUUGAUGGGGGCCUUGUUGCCGGCUUCCUCCCUGGCGCUAUUAGUGGCCUUUCUAAGCCCUCGGCCUACGGCAAGCAGCUCCAGCCGCUCAUUGACAGAGUCGCCACCCCACACGGCAAGCAGAUUAUAGCUUCCGGCGGCACCCAGUGUGUCAUCUACAACCUGGCAACCUUUGCGGGGAAAUCAAUACUCGACACCUCAAUCCAGAGCUUUGGUAAAGACUUGCUAAAUCAGCCCGAGAUUAUCUCUAUACUGAUAAAUACCACCAUGGGGUUUAAAAAGGAGGAAACACCCACGGCCCCUGUUAUGCUGUAUCACGCGCCCGAUGACGAAGUUAUUCCCUACGCCCCCUCUGUCGCCCUGGGUAAGACCUGGUGCGACAAUGGCGCUGACGUACGGUUUACCACGUACGGCGCCGGCGGCCACAUUACUACUGAGGCCGUUGCGAUUGUCGAUGCGCUCAAGUUUGCUAACGAUGCCUUCAACGGGCGCGUCCCAGGCGGCUGCUCUAGCAAUUCUGUCCUUACAAACAAGCUAGACCCCUUGGCGCUUGGUCUUGAUCUUGAGCCUGUUCUCGCUCGGCUCGCCUUACUUCUUAUUAAACUUGGUGAUAAAGAUGGCAACUGGCUCAAGAGCAUCUCCAGCGGCCAGGUACUAUGA